AUACAUACAAUUUUCUCUUUCGCCAAACAAACACUAUAGAAAAUGACUUCUUUGAAACAAAACUCACAUGCUAUUUUUCUUUCUCGUUCUCUCUUUUUUUCUCGCACUUUCUUUCUUAUCUGAAAAGCCAAUUCUCUCUCCUUUGUAUUUGUGCAAUUUUAUGCUAGCUCCGUUGAUUAGUAUACCAUUUCAAAUUCAAGCAUCUGCAUGUACAUGCUUUUCUCUUAUAUAUACCUACUCUUAAUAUGGAUACGGACUCUCGCGAAAUUGAUAACGUCAAGACUGAGAAAGAUAACGCUAUGAGAAAGUACGAUCGCCAAAGAAAGUUCAAGUGGAUUUUCGAAGCGUGCGCCGCCCUCCUUGUCCUCAUGCAAUCAUCCACUUGGCUUCCAGUCGCCGUCGAUUUUAUCGGAGAUAUGCUUCGGGAGAUCAUCUCCGUCUUCAGAAGCCAUGUCUUCAUUUUUUUCCUCCUCAACGCUAUACUUCUCGCCGUUUAUGUUCUCUCCGGCCGAAUCACCUGGACGAACGACGCCGGAUCGGGUGCCAACUUGUACGACGAAUUCGUCACCAACAGCGAGUUGAGCCGGAGAACCCCAGCCGAAGAGGAAUCUUCUCCUCCCCCUCCGGCGCCGGAACGUACUAUCCGCGUCGUCGAAGAAGAAAAGUGUCACUCCGAAAAUGUCGCUUCGACAACCACUUCGGUUUGUGGUGUCGGUAACCGAAACGACUCGAAACCAAAUGGCUCGGUUCUUCGUCGUACGGAAGAAGAAAAGGUGUUGGUGGUGGUGAAGAAGAAGAGUUACAAAAGGACUCAGUCGGCGAGACUCGAAGGGAAGAAGCUGAUCGAUCAGUCUCAGAGGGAGUUCCGACGGUCUUGCACGGACAUCUGCAGGAAAUUAACAAGUUCCGGCGAAAAUGAAGCGGAGGAAUCGAGCGAGGUGAGUCGGUUGAGCAAUGAAGAGUUUAAUCAGACCAUUGAGGCAUUCAUUGCAACUCAAAAAUGGAUUCAAAGGCAGGAAUACAAGGAAGAGCGGAAAACAGAGCACUACAUGACUUUGGCCAUUUGCCAGUGAAGAAUGAAGUUAAUAUUAUCAUAGAGUCAAUAGGACCAAAUGUUUAGUUUACUAUAUUAAUUAUCUAGGAAGGAUAAGAUAAUCCCAUCUGUGUUAUCUGAUUAAUCAUAUAUCUUAUCACUAUAUAUGAUUAUACAGAUGGAUAAUGUAUAGUGUCACCCCUUUCAUCUCUUUUCUCUGGUGUUAGGAAUCAAAUAGCCUUUUUAAAUUCUCUUUUUCUUUUUGUAUUUAUGUUUUUAUAGUCCUUUUGGUUCUAGUUGACUUGAUGUGCUUUUAACUGGUAAUUGCGAUAAUGGAUUUCCAUAUUAUUAUUAUUA